ACGCAAUUUGUAUAACAUUGAAAAGUUGAAUUUAUUUGUACUUAUUAUUACUAGAUGUUGAGUUUGAGGAAAUUCGUUUUGCGAUACUUUAAUUGCAUAGAGUCAAAACAUCACAAAAUGUAAUUUAUUUAAAAAUUAUUAAUUCAUAGGUUUAUUUACUACCAUACUAAUCAAAAUGGAUACUAUGGAUACAUUUGGCUUGUCUGAAGAUUUUGACAUUGCUGGUCUUGAUGAUCUUCUACAAGACUACAAUGUUAACAUGCCUGAAGUGAACACUAAGUUAUUUACAGAUGAUAAUAUAUUGUCUGAAUUUGAUGUUCCAAUGAACAGUCCAGUAACAACUAGCUUUUCUUCAGUUAAUUUACCAUUAGUUGAGGAAAAGUACCAAAACCAUGUUACAAAAAUCACAGAUCCCCAAAUGAAUGCUAAUACAAUGACACCUGUAUUACCAAAACAUAGCCAAAAUGUGGUUACACGCAUCAAACCUAAUAGAAAAUUAAUUGAAAAACCUAUUCAACCAAACUAUAUUGUUGAACAAAAUGCAAAUUCCAAAAUUGGAUACAUUCAAAAAGCAGGAACAAAUACACUAAUACCCAUACAAAGUUUGGGUCAAAUUCAUUUACCAUCUGAUCAAAUGAAACAAGUAUUUCUAAAUGCACCUUUAAAUAAUACACCUACUUUAAUGUAUACAUCUUCACCAGGACAAGUUCAUCCUAUUAUAUUAAAUAAUGCUGCAUUUGUUACAACAAAUAUACCAGUUAUGAUGGAUUCAGAGAAUGUUGCUUCAAAUAAUAAUAAUUGUGAUAAAGAAUUUUUUAAAGAUAAUAAACCUAAAAGCUCUCACAAUGUUAUAGAAAGACGAUAUAGAACAAGUAUUAAUGAUAAAAUAAUGGAGUUAAAAAAUAUGAUUCUUGGACCUGAAACAAAACUUAACAAGUCAGCAAUACUUAAGAAAGCUAUAGAUUAUAUCAAGUACAUGGAAUUAGCUAAUGAAAAAUUGAAAGAUGAAAAUAGAUUAUUAAAGUUAGCAGUAUCAAAGAUUCAACCUGUCAACAGUCCUUGUUCUACUCUUUCAAAUGAAGAAUACAGUAUCCCUGGUUCAUUAACACCACCACAGUCUUAUAUAUCACUAUCUUCACCUGAAAGAUCAGACUGUGUAUCAUCCCCACCAACAUCACCCGAAAAUAUUAUAACGACUCACCAAUCCUUGAACAAUAAUUCUAGUUGUAAAGGUAUGACUGAUCAUUCUAGAUUAGCACUUUGUAUUUUCAUGUUUGCUAUUGUUGCUUUUAAUCCAUUUGGAAAUCUAUUGUCUUUUAACUCACCAAACAGUCAAUUUUCGUGGUCUGAUAAAGUAGAUGGAAGAACUAUUUUAAAUGCUAAAAUAGAUUCUGAAUUGGAAGUAACACAUAAUUUAAUGUUUAACAUAGCUAUAUGGACACUAAACAUAAGUAUUAUGUGUAUCAGCUUAAUUUGUCUUCUUAACAAUGAUCCUAUUGUUUAUUCUGACUCAGAAGCAUAUCAAGAUUAUACUCAAAGGAGGAAAAAUGCAAAAAUUAAUUUACAAAAAGGUAACAAAAAAAUGGCAGUACAUGAACUUACAAAGUGCUUGGAAAUUUUUGAUCGGCCCCUAUGGACAAGUCGUAAAAAGCUAUGGGCUUCACUUUUAUGGCAAAUUAUUAGGCAAUUUUUACAUCAAUUUAAAUUAUUUAUACUUGUGAAAAAAUGGUGUUCUUCAAUUUUUGAAAACUCACUUAAAAAACAAGAUGCAUUAAAUACUGCCAAACAACUCAGUGAAAUUUAUCAUUUAUUACAUAAUUUAUACUUAAUUUAUGGACCUGACUGUCAAAUACCGAAUCUUCAUUUAGGCGUUGGUCUUUAUUUGGGUCUUUGCUCCAUAAACAUGGCUGAAGCUGCUGGAAAACAAAUUGUUCCAACUGAAACACGUGUUCGCCUCUACUCUAUAAUGGCUCUUAAUUUAAAAAAUGUUAAAUUGAAAGGAGCUGGAUUCUUUACUAGAUAUUAUUUACACAAAGCUCAAAAUCAAGAAAUAAAUUAUAACAGACUGCCUGCAAAUUUAAAUUGGCUUACUACAGACUAUGGUUUGAGGUUUUUUCUCAAUCGUAAUUGGAUUUUUAACCCAAAUAAAAACAAAUCAUGUUUUACAAAUUUGUCUAAUCCCACUGAUGCAUUAUCUUAUGUUACCAGAUCUUUUAGAGAAAAAACGUUAGAAAAAGCUUUAGAAACAUUAAUAUCCCCUGGAACCAGGCAAAUUGUUCAAGUGGCGGGUCAUCCUAAACAACCAACAGUUACUUCUGAUGUUCUUUUAUAUGUGCAAAGAAUAGUAGAAUCCAAUUUCAUUACAAUAAAACCUAGAGUAAUUGGAAGUUCAGAAAUAAAUGUGAUUGAAGAUGAAAAAGCUGCAUGGUGGGCAACAUUAUUUGCAGCUGGGGCUUACUGGAUUUUAGGUGAAGAUAAAGAUACAGAGUUACUUGAAAAACACAUUUUGAACAUUCCUCAGCAUUUAUUGAGUGAUCCUUUAGCUCAAGCUGUAUUAGCUGCUUACAAGUGUCGCAAUCAAGUUCAAACAUUGAAACCCAGAAUAUUGGAAUAUCAAUGUCAGGAUGCAAGCAAAGUACUGUCUGAAACAUUAAUUUUAUUACAAGCGGAUAAACCUCUGCCUAUGGUUAUUAUGACUUUGUUGUUAGCUAAUGAUUGGUUAUUAGAAACUAGGAUGUUAAUAUGGCAAGAAGAAUGUAAAAAAUCAUCAUCUGGCCAUAUCAAUAUAGAGUUUAUAAACCUAAAAAGUUUUCAAGACGAUUUAACUUCAUUAAAGAAAAUUUCACAAUUUGUUCCGUUUGCAACUGCUAAAGUAUUUUUGUAUGAAGCUACUGCUCGUUUAAUGGCCGGUGCAUCACCUACAAAAACACAGAAAUUAUUUGACCGCAGUUUAAGACAUAGAUCAACACGUAAUUUCUUAAUAUGCACAAAAGGAAAAGGGGAUAAAAGUUCAGUUGGUUUGAGAGAACAUGCUACUGCACUUUUCAUGGCAUGCAAACAUUUACCAAUGUCAUUAUUGUCACCUCCUGGUAUAAGAGCUGGAAUGUUAACUGAAGCAGCCAGAGCACUUGAAAAAAUAGGUGACCGCAAAAAUUUGCUUCAGUGUUACAAACUAUUGAAAUCUAUAACUACUAAUUCAUCUAUACCAGACUGAUAAUUCUUUUUACCAUGUAUAUUAUUUAUUUUUGUUACCUUUUAAUUAAAAAAUAUUUUCAAUUUUUUUGAAAAAUUCAGACUAAUAUAUGUUUAUACAAUUUUGAUUAUUAUUUUAAAUAAUAAAUGUUAUAUUAAAGUAGUUUUUACUGUUUUUUUAAUAAAAACUGCACAACUAUAUUA